CAAAUAUAUCCUACAACUUCUUAUACUAAAAUGAGUCACUUGACAACUUGUUUAGUGUUCUUUCUCCUUGCAUUUGUGACUUACACUUAUGCUUCCGGUGUAUUUGAGGUCCAUAACAACUGCCCAUACACCGUAUGGGCAGUGGCGACUCCCGUAGGAGGUGGCCGACGUCUCGAGAGAGGUCAAAGUUGGUGGUUUUGGGCCCCACCGGGCACCAAAAUGGCACGUAUUUGGGGUCGUACUAAUUGCAAUUUUGAUGGUGCUGGUAGAGGUUGGUGCCAGACCGGUGAUUGUGGUGGAGUCUUGGAAUGCAAAGGAUGGGGUAAACCACCAAACACCUUAGCUGAAUACGCUUUGAAUCAAUUUAGUAACUUAGAUUUCUGGGACAUUUCUGUUAUUGAUGGAUUCAACAUCCCUAUGUCUUUUGGCCCAACUAACCCUGGGCCGGGAAAAUGUCAUCCAAUUCAAUGUGUUGCUAAUAUAAACGGCGAAUGCCCUGGUUCACUUAGGGUACCCGGAGGAUGUAACAACCCUUGUACCACAUUCGGAGGACAACAAUAUUGUUGCACCCAAGGUCCAUGUGGUCCUACCGAUUUGUCAAGAUUUUUCAAACAAAGAUGUCCCGAUGCCUAUAGUUACCCUCAAGACGAUCCAACAAGUACUUUUACUUGUCAGAGUUGGACUACAGACUACAAGGUUAUGUUUUGUCCUUAUGGCUCUACUCACAAUGAAACAACAAAUUUCCCAUUGGAGAUUCCUACAAGUACUCUUGAAGUGGCUUAAUUAAGUAGAAAUCUUGAGUUGAGCCACCUCUUUCUUGUUCAAAAUGGUUGAGUUUUGUUCAUUAGUUGUCUUUUGUAUUAUCCACAUUUCUUUUAGUUUGUUAUCUUGAGGUGGCUAAGAUUUGAAUAACAUAUUGUACUUUAAUUUGUCUUACUCAUGAUAGUUCAAAAUUCUCACACAAGAGUG